GUUCUUCCACCCAGAAGUCAGUAAGGUAAAAGUCUGACAGCUGUGAGGCAGCCUUACACCCACUGCAAUACUAACAUUCCACUCAUAGAAUCUGCUUCAACAUUUACUGAGCUGGAGUUCUUAUAGCCUCUCCCACUCACUGAGCUGAGUGACAGCCUCACCCACUCACUGAACUGAAUGAGAGCAGAUUCACUCACUCAUUCAAUAGGUAAACUCUGGAGCAUACUCACAGCCUCUCACUUUGCUAGGAGCAUACUCACUGCCUCUCACUUGGAGCAUACUCACUGCCUCUCACUGUACUUGGAGCAUACUCACUGCCUCUCACUGUACGUGGAGCAUACUUACAGCCUCUCAGACACUGAACUUGGAGCAUACUCACUGCUUCUCACUUUACUUGGAGCAUACUUACAGCCUCUCAGACACUGAAAUUGGAGCAUACUCACUGCCUGUCACUUUACUUGGAGCAUACUUACAGCCUCUCAGACACUGAACUUGGAGCAUACUCACUGCCUCUCACUGUACUUGGAGCAUACUCACUGCCUCUCACUGUACUUGGAGCAUACUCACUGCCUCUCACUUUACUUGGAGCAUACUUACAGCCUCUCAGACACUGAACUUGGAGCAUACUCACAGCUUCUCACUGUACUUGGAGCGUAAUCACAGCCUCUCACUGUACGUGGAGCAUACUCACAGCCUCUCACUGUACUUGGAGCAUACUCACAGCCUCUCACUGUACGUGGAGCGUACUCACAGCCUCUCACUGUACGUGGAGCAUACUCACAGCCUCUCACUGUACUUGGAGCAUACUCACAGCCUCUCAGACACUGAACUUGGAGCAUACUCACAGCUUCUCACUUUACUUGGAGUAUACUCACAGCCUCUCACUGUUUGUGUGAAGCCAGUGUAUUGACCCAGCUGUGUUCUAAAGAAAGUGUGAAAUCUCAGAUCGACUCAAUCCAUACACUCCUAGAAGUCUAGGUGAGUGAUUUGCUUUCCUAAAAUGUUUUUUUUUUUUUUUACUUCCAGUAACUUUGUCUCUUUAAUUAGAACCAUACUAGUGCAGGCUGUACUCUUAAAUUCAGCGUUAAUUGAUUCUAGUGAUUCUACCAAGUAACUGGCUGGCCUGUGAGCCAAAACCAGGAUUCAAGGAAAAUCUGUAAAACGGAGGAAGCGGUAUAUAAUGUGUUUAUGGAUAUAUCAUGGGUGGAUUUAUCAUGGGUGUACGUGUGGAGAUAUUUAUAACAUUCACACGAACUAUCCUGUAGUUCAGCGUUAGGGUAUUACUGAAAAGACUAAUUGUUACAUACAAUAAAUUGAAAUAGCAGUACUUGCCAUACAUAGUUAGCUACAGAAGUUCCAAAGCAACUUAAAGGAAAACUCCAAGCACCAUAACCACUAGAUCCUGCUGUAGUAGUUAUGGUGCCAGAAGUGCACCGGCACCCUCCAGCAGUUAGUAGUCAAACCGUUUAAGCUAUUAGGCGGCCUUUCACAGUAGGACUUGGCUUAGUGGAGCUUACGGAAGCUUCUUGUAGGAGAGGUGGGGACGGACAUAUUUCUCCCCCCCCCCCUCUUGGCGCACACUGAGCAUUAGUCCCGCACUGGAACAUCACUAAGGAAAGCUGUCCGUGAACUUGGGACAGUUAGUAUGCAGCUUGGCCAUGCUACAAGAAUUGGCUAGUGGUGACUUGAGGAGCAUGGACAUAACCACAGAAGGAGAGCAUGGAAAUGGGCUCAGGAGGUCUUGGACAUGGGCAUAGAAGAGCAUGAAUAUGGACACACAUGAAGGGCACAAAGAUGAAGAUGAGCACAGUUGGAGGGCAUGGUGUCGGGAACACAAGAAAGUCAUUAAGAGGUAGACAUAAGGGGGACAUGGAAAGGGAGAUACACAAUCAAUGGACCACGUGGUAAUGGGCAUAGGAGAGCCUGGAGCGGAGCGGAGAAAAAGAACAUGGAUGUGGAUGCACAAAGAUGGAUAUGCAAGAAAGGGGGUUGAGUUUGGAACAAAACGAGACAAGUGGGCAGAGAGAGGUCGCUCAGGGGUAAAGAGUGGAAGAAAUGAAUCCAUGGCGAGAUGCACAAGGGGCAACUGUCAACUUGCUUAGCAGUUUGGGUCAAGUCUUCUAAUAAAAACUCCCGCUAGUCAUACUUGGUACUCACUUUGGAAGUAAUGAAUGGGAUAGGAUUGGAUUAUGUUUUAUCCACUUCCUGGUUGGAUAAGCCCUCAUCCAAGGAAGUGUAUUUUUUUGUUAUAUUUUGCAUGUUUGCAAUGCAAUUCCUAGAUGAAUUAAAAUUACAAAUAAAAGCAUUGUGUGCGUCGCUUCAUAUAAUAAAUAAUGAUAAGCAAGGAUGUGCGGGAUUUGGGAUCACUCCCAAGUUUUGGCCUGGGAAUCCAUUCCAGCUUUGGCUUAGUCUCACCUAAUUCUACGGUUGACUUGGAAAAUUGAAUGGAUAUUUAAUGAGACUUCUAGUAGGGUUAAUACAACGAAGGAUUCGGUAACUUAGAAUCUACACUGGAAAACACAUACAGGUGGGGUACAUCUUUAGAAGCACCACUGGUGUGCCCAAAGUGUGUGCCAGGUCUAAGUUGCCCACACCACCCCAUGAGUCCCUGCAUCCAUUUACGUUCCAGUUUUGAAUAGAUUAUUAAUGUUUAUGUUGAUUAUUGCGGUUUUGAAACUUGAUAGAUUAUUUAUGUUUAUAACUGAUGUUUACACCUAAGUUAGAUUUGUUUUAGAUCUAAUUCUAGAUUCUAUGAUGAAUAGAAAUUAUCUUUAUGAUGGUUUCGUUUUCAAUAAAUAUAAAUAUUUAACUUUUAUUAGAAAACAAUCCCCAGUGCACACCGUAAUGAAGCUGGGCCCACCUAUGGUGGGCGAUGUUGAUGUGUGGGUACCAUAAUGUGUACAGAGAUUCAGGGCCUAGUCUAGUGCAAUGGAAUUUCUAAAUAAAUCUCUGUCUCUUAAGGUAGCAAUCUUGCACCGAGUAUCAUAGCUCACAAAGUGAAAUGGUGAUGUGGCAGUUUUUGUUUUUAAGCUAAUUGUGAUUCCCAGUUUACAAUGAGUAAUGUGUGCAAGAUGUAUUGCCCAGAGCUGUUGAGACACGUCCAUGUAAAUGGACAGUUCAUUUAAACCAUGCAGUCUAAUGCCUACAAGUCACUACAAGCAUUGCAUCCCAGUCCUUUUAACCAAUAGGAAAGAUAACUCGGAAACUAUGGGAUUAAUAAUAUGACAAUUGAUUAAAAUAGGCAACAUUGACUGACAGCCAGAGAGGUGUAACAAUGUUAAUUUAUAAAAGUGCACAUUUCAAUUGGAGUCUUCACUUUUUGUAAAAUGAAAAAGAGGACACACAAGCUAAAGUGUUUUAGAGGUCUGAAGUGUCCCUUUAAGCAAAUUUAAAAAUUCAGCAUUUGGGCCACAUUUGCAAUUCAGUUUUUAGUUUAGCAAUUCAAUGGAAAAUCCGUUUACUCCUAACUAUAGUAGUUAGAAAGAAAUUUAAAUCUACUAUUUAGUUUGCUUUUUUGUUGGGUAACAAAAGAUUAAAACAGAAAAAGUAUAGUCCAUUUAUUGCAGAUUUGCCUAGGGACUUCGGAUGUUUCACUUUCACUGUUUGCAGAUUUGAAAUGCUUUUUUAUUCUUUAUUUGUUCCAAAACAGGACAUCUUAUACAUUGCGUACAUAACCAUUGGUAUACAUUCUCAAAAUAAGUACAAAAAACGUCAAUUUUCGCAAUAGAGCAGUAUCCGCAAGACUGCACAUUGAAACUGUGACCAAUUACAAACUUCGUAAAUGUGUCUAGCGGUUGUGCUCGCAGUUGCCGAAUUGUGGUUACUUACCCUUUUUUUACAUGCAUCUCAAGACAUCCCGUUUGGUGUUUUUAUGUUAAAAUAAAAUAGAAUAAAAUAUAUAACUAUCGUGCUAUAGCUUGCACUAAGGGGCGAAAUGUUUUUUGUUUUUUUUUAAAGUUUUGCAAAGGACAAAGUACCACUAAAAUCACCCAGGUUACUUCAUCUUGAUGAAGUGGCCUGUGUGCAGUUGGUACCUCCAUCUUGACACAUGAAUCAUCGAUUUAAAAAAAAAAAAUUGCACUUUUCUGUCAUCAAACGUUAAAUGUGGAGGAAGAGAAAUGAAAAUAAAUUUGUGUUCUGACUGAAAUAGAUUGUGAAGUAAUUAACUAAAUUUGCAUAAUUACAAGUUUACAAAAAUGUGGAGCAUCACAAAGUUUAACAGUUUUAGUUGUAUUAACCAACAGUUAGUAUUUUAUGCUUAAAUUGCCCUUAAAAAGCACAAUAUCCUGAAAAUCUGAGGAAUCGCUGGCUCAGUUUCUACAUUCUCUUUAUUGUGAAGAGAAAGCUCUAAGAAUGAAUGCGUGUAUCCUACAAUGUGCAUAUUAAAUUUAGACCUAUGCCAUCAGUUGUAAUUGAAAUAUAUUGUAUCUAUGUGGGUCCAUGGCCAGCACUGUAACCACGAGAUCCCAGGCAGUGGAACUAAUCACGGUGUCACAUGAUGAAACCCUUCUCCCAGAUUGCUAUAUAUUGAGUCAUCAUGUUAUCAGAACACAGAGAAACACCCUUUGGUUAACCAGGGAUAAGCAGGCUGGUUUGCUAUGGAUUGCAGCUCCCAUAAUACCGUGCCAGCCAGUAGGCUGAUCCUUAGUCUCAGCUUUUCUCCUGUUGUUUAGCAGCACAGUUAUCUUCCCGGUUUGAAAUUGCAUGUUUGUAGUGUUAGAUUUUUUUUGGGGGGGGACAUGCCCUCUUCAAGUAGUGUAGCCAUAUGUCAGACAUGAUUUGUUAGAAUGGUUCGUCUUGUUUGACCUGUUGUACAGCGCUGCGGAAUAUGUUGGCGCAAUAUAAAAAAUUUUAAACUAUGAGCUCUGGUUCUGGAUGCAGUAUUUGUACUGCAGCGAAUCUGUUUGAUGGGUUAUGGGACUUGUAGUUCUACCCAACAGAGGCUGUAGAGCUAACUGCUCCUUGACCCAGAUAUAAUGGCUGGUGGUGUCAGAUUUUCUGAAAUUCUCUGGGAGAAGAGAUGAUUCUUGGGGUCUCAUGUUAAUAUGGUGAAUUGCGUGAUUUAUAUGGCAAAGAGACAUAUUGCUUUGGAUUCAAAGAGAAUGAGCCAUCUCGUGCUCAAUGGGUAAAUUCUAAGGGCCUGAGGCUGAAAGGUCACAUGCUAUGAAUCUUGGGUGGAUGGGUAGAGGUCAUGGAUCUUGAAUGGGAAGACUAUGGGUAUUGAGGUGACCCUGUCGUCAGCGUGACAGACGUAGUUAGAUUCUACGCAUGAUUACAGGUAAGUAUUUUGCUUAUUUUUAUUGCUUUUUUAAGAAAUAAAGAGAAAAACUGCUAUUUAAAAUGGGUUACAGUAACCAUUUACCUUGACAACACAAUCUCCCCCGGUGACCCCUUCUUCAAUUGUGAUAUAAUUUUGUAAAACACCUUCAAUGGAUUCUUCUCCAAGUCAAAAGAGGUUCCAUUGCUGGAGCAAGUCGGAUGUCGAUUUAUGGCCUCAGUAAUAGGCUGAGAGCAUCAGAUGAGUUCCCUCGGCCGUUGAUUGAGUUCAAUGAGUAACCGUACUGAGCAGACAGACAUCUGGUCUCUCCAGCUAUGGGAAGUCCAGAUACAUCAUGGUUGCGCUGUGUGACCCAAAUAAGUGUUGAACUUGCAAAGUGUUUGCUGGACGGUGUCUAGACAUUAUCUGCACCAUAACCACUAUAGCCGGCUCAUAGUGGUUUUGGCGCUUGGAGUGUUCAGGACACGACAUGUGUGAUAUGUCAUGAUUCCAUUUUAUUCCAGAUGUUUGGUCCUUAAGGGGAUAAGAAGCACAGCUGUGGACACAAGACAAAGGACAGAUGAGGGUGACCAAUAUUUAUAGUAUUUUAGGAGUGACAGUAGUUACCGCAAAUUUGAUGAUGGUAACGUUUUUAGUUUUUUACAUAUGUAUAUACACUCACGGCAGAGAUAAUUAUUACUGAUGUGAGGUGUCUGCUGAACAUUUUGCUUUUAAACGCAUUGUGACAACACAAUUUACCGUCUAUGAUUUAUUUACUUUUCCCAUACUAUGCAAGUCUUAUGCUAAUCACAUACUGUUUGCAGAGUUGGGAACGUGUGUUACAGAGUCUUCUAAUAUGUUAACUGUUACAUAGUAAUCAAUGUCGACCUGUGCUCCUAGGAUGCUCGAUGAGUUAAAGUACACGGAAUAAUUGUUCAGGUCAUGUUGUCGUUUACAUUACAAGGAAAUGUUUUGGUAAAAAACAUCUUUUAAAAAUUCCCUCCCUAUUCCCCACAAAAAAAAAAAAAAUAUAUAAACUCAGUCAUAAACUUAAUCCAAGUUCAGUGCUUUUAGAAUUGCAGUCUCGGAGCCAGAAACAAUAUUUGUUUAAAAUAGUGUGUUCCCUAGACACUCCACUGGAUGGUUGCCCACAUUUCGGUAAAAAUAAAGAUAGAAAGUUCGAAGUUCUUAGAUCUGCAGAUCUAAUCUUAUUUUCAUAGCAUUUUUUUUUUUUUUAUGGAAGAUUUAUUAACAAAUGUAAAUUUGUAAUGUAAUGUCAUGUUAUUAUAUAUAUUUUUUGAUAUCAUUAUACUUUGUGACACACUCCCCUUUUUGAGUUUGCCACGAGUUCCUGGAGGAGCCUGCUUGCCAGCCUCCUGCCCACAGAUUAUGGACCCUGUAAAAUGUGAUGUAAAAGUCUCUGUUCGUGUAUCUGGACUAUAUGGUUCGGGAACCGAAUAGCCACAGGAACCGGAAAUCACCCUGGUGCUUGUUCAGUCUAAUUGAUACUUUUUAGCAAUUGCCACGCAGUGUUCUAAGUGUUCGUCUGUGUGGCCCCAAUUCCUAUGGAUGACAAUGAGGUGGCGGCCAUCUUGUUCGUAUGAACGCAAGCAGCAGGGUUUGGUCGUCGAGUUCAUGGAACUAUUUUCGGAUACUGACACUCCCGAACACCGCUGGACUUCCAUGAUCACCUGCAUUCGGUUCCACAACCCUUAGAAAGACACUAUUCGGUGGAAACAUUCCCACGAACAAGGGGAACAAGCUCCAGGGUAAGAUUAUUGACUAUGUUCGAUAGUUUGUUUGUUUUUAAACUACCGAACUAGACCGACCGCAAGCCCUGAUUCUCUGGAACUGUUUUGGGCAUGGGACCAUGCGUGCGGUCGGUCAAAUUAUGACUUCCAGGAAAUUCCUGAACUGAUCUGGGUGAUUUUUGGAUAUGUUUGUCACCCAGAUCAUGGCUAUCAGGGGAUGUUGGAAAAUGUGUGUUUUUUGUGCUUGGAGAUAAUUGAGUUUAAUACAGUACUUGACUCAGUUAUCUCCCAGGCACAGGGGAGGGAUUAGCUCAUUAUGUAUGGGAGUGUCCUGGAUCUAAGAGCCAAUGUGAUUGUAUAUUUGUUUCUACUGUGGUUUACUCUCAGGUCCACGGGGAGUGCCCCUUACACGGGGACCUGCAUAUUGAUGUCAAAGUGUGAGUGAUCACUUGGCACUUAAUUUUAUAUCCAAUAUUAUUACACACAGUGUUGCACUAUGUUGUAUUUUUACUCCCCUAACUGGAAUAGCCCUAUACUAUAUAUGUGUUGAAUUGAAGAUAGGAGGAGAUCUUCGGGCAUAUCCUAUGCUAUUAAGGGAAGUUGUUAAUAUUUAUAUUUUCCACUAUAAUCACUUUUUUGGGAGAAACAGUGUUUUUGCAUGUGGACACCAGAAACACUUUUUGUAAAUUUGUGAGUUUGUGAGAGACACUAUUUUAUCAAAUCGACCUGCAUAUAAGGCCAGUUGUGGCUGCCUAUAAAGUAUUCCAGCUUGUACUCCCAGAACUAUGUGUUGUCUAGUUACUGGAAGGGGAAAGGGCUAAUCACUACUCCAGCUUGUUCCAAUGUGGAGGAUUCAACGGGGAAAGUCCUUGUAAGGAGUAGAGCUUCCAGGACUGAGUGUUGUCCAGUGCCUGGGGUUGUCUAGAGCGAAUUCCCCAUUUGGCUCCAGGAGGGAGCAGUUCCAGGGCCCCAGUCAAGGCACGGUGACUGUGGACAGAAGGGCUACGGUUUGUCCCCUGUUCCAGCUAGGAAGUGGUCCUUGGCGGAGGUACCCAGCCGGGGUACAGGGAUCUCCGUUACACUUUAACUCUUUGCUUUUUUUUUUAUUACUUAUCAAUGGAAAAAGUGAAACAAAUUGGUAUGACAAUCAAUGUUUUAUGCAACUUUAUGGCCAAUUUACGGCAGUUUAUAAGUAAGCUAUUAACAAUAAAAGGCUAUUAGAAGAGGUACAAAUGGUUUUACUUGCAGAAAAUAAUCAGAAUUUUUUUUUGGAUAAAAGCAACAACUGCUAAAUCUUUUCCUUCUAUAGGCGAUCUAGUUUUCAAAUAAUCUCCUAUUAUAUUAUCUUUUCCUGUCCCUUUAGCAUGGUACUUAUGAUUUAUGGUUAUUCUUAUAUUAUUGAAAUGUACCGUGAAGCUAAGUUUUUCUGGUGGUAAAGUAUACUUUAACAUAUUACCUAUAAUUCAUAUUACUUUUUUCUCAUUUCAGGUAAUUCACUUAAAGAUGGUGGACACCUUGGCUAACACAGAGAUCAAUACUCAACGGAUUGCCGCUGUUGAAAGUUGUUUUGGUGCCUCUGGUCAACCUCUGGCAAUGCCAGGAAGAGUACUUGUGGGUGAAGGAAUAUUAACAAAGGAAUGUCGGAAAAAACCCAAGCCGCGGAUUUUCUUUCUUUUUACCGACAUCCUGGUAUACGGAAGUAUUGUGAUCAAUAAGGUCCGUUACAACUGCCAACAUAUUAUUCCUCUGGAAGACAUCACUACAGAAAUACUUCCUGAUAGCCAGGAUAUGAAGAACCGAUGGAUGCUAAAGACCUCAAAGAAGUCAUUUGUGGUUUCAGCUGCUUCAUACACUGAAAGGGUUGAAUGGAUUGGUCACAUAAAUGAAUGCGUCAACCAACUUCUGAAGAAGACUGGUCAACGGCGUCCGACUGUGCAUGCUGCUGCCUGGAUACCAGACAAAGCCACUGAUAUAUGCAUGCGCUGUACGGAAACAAAAUUUUCAACAUUAACACGUAGGCAUCAUUGCCGCAACUGCGGAUUUGUUGUGUGCCAAGAAUGUUCCAAGUACAAAUUCCUGAUACCCUUUUUAUCGAAAAAACCCUCAAGAGUCUGUGUGCUGUGCUACAGAAAGCUGACGUCCGAAAAAUUAUCAAAGGAUAAUGAAAAGGAAAAGACCGACCUCCGCUUCCACACUCGAGCUCCACAACAUGAACCAUCCAGUGAUGAUGACAGUGAAGAGGAUGAACGGACUACCCAAUGGCCUUUAACUGAAGAGUUCUAUAGCACUUCUUGGUCUGCUUUUCAUGCCUGAUCAAUAUAAUUAUGUUGUGUUUACCAAAACAUUCCUUAGUUCUUUUUUUAUUGUGCCAGAAAGACCUUUUUUUUGUGCCAAAUGGACAAUGCUGCUGUUGAGAUUUUUUUUCCAUGAUUGACUAAUGCAGUUUUUCCACCUAAGGUUAAGAGGAGAUGGAUGACUGAGCUAGCACAUGUUAAAUGUCCAAGAGAUAGGUGCUGUUAAGGAUUGCCUUGAUGCAUCAAAUUCAUUCUUGGCAUUUCCUGAAAGAAACCUGGACAAAUAUUAAAUGGAUUCCAGACAUGCCACCUGACUACAGAAUUGUAAGGCAGGGCAAUAUUGUAAGCAGGGAGAUCAUACUCCUUUCUGUGACGUUUAGAUGGGCUAACUCCCAGAGUUACAUAAGUUAAUGUUCGUGCAUUCUCAUUUUAAACUUUUUUUUAAAAUGUAUUUAUUUUAUUUUAGAUCAUAUGUACUUAUAUCUGUAAAUUGUAUUGGGCGUAGACAUUUUGAAUACUAUGUACACUUUACUGCUGUCAUGCAAAUUUACACAUUAUCAUUUUCCAAAUUUUAUCCUGAAAGUGUUAUCAAAUAGGAAAGGUGAGGUUACAUAGACUCCAAAGGGACUUCACGUGUCUUCUUCCUGAAAGUAAAUGUCAAGUGGAAGAGAUGAGGUCGUAUGGACUUUUUCUUUUUUUUUUGAGUUUAUUUAAGAAUUUGUUGAGGAGUUAGCUUUUGAGUUAAGAAAGGAAUCAUACAAAAUGUAAUAAUUUUUUUGUUUAUUGAAGUAAAAAUAAUCUACUCGUAUUUCAAGUGUGGUUGAUUCUUUUUACAAACAGUGGGAAUUACCUGCGCCAAGAACAUUGUGAUAUAAUGGAAUUUGACCAAAACCUUCUCACAAGUAGGACUUGUCCACUCAGUAUGCUGACCACUUCAUUGACAUCUCAUUCUGUGGCCAUGUAUAAUUGUAAUCGUCAGUAUUAGAAUGUGGCAUUAGAAAACAUGCUUGAUUUUUCAUGAGUAGACCCUGGGGAGCUGUAUAAUUAACGUCCACCUUCAACCCCCUUAAAAAAAUAAAAAUAAAAGUAUAAAAGAAAAACUAUAUAUUUCUUAAUAGAUUUUCAGCUUAAUCAGCAGUAUUAACUAAACUGGGAUUUUUGGGGAAUGAACCAAAGACUUGGUUGAUCAAAAUUGGUCACAUACCCAACUCCAUUACAGUAUGUCCCCAGUCCAUCUAUCAUAGCCUAAAAUGGUAAGUUAUGGGUUUAGUGUAUACUACCAAGAGGAAUGCAUCCGAGUAAUCGUUAGAGCUUGGUUAGCUCAGAUUCACCAUAAUUAAUAACAUCUCACUGGGGUUAUAUGUCAAGAAAGAUCGGUUUUAGGGCAGAGCUAUGAAAGUGGAGCAGUCACCGUGGAAACCAAUGGAGUGUUCCGGCUGAUUGUUCCACAACUAGACUGAUUUCCAUGGAAACCAGAAUAUUCUCCCCACUGAUUUUAAAAAAAACAACCCUUAUAUAUUUGGAUUCCUUUUGAUUCUCUAAUUCUGGUUUUGUCUCCACAAGGAAUAAUUGACCAAGCCAAGAUUAGAACACAUUACGUAUUUUAAAUUGUACAUAUUAAUCUGUGAUCUUGUAGCCUUUUUACUGGCUUUUUUUUUUGUAUUUGUGUAUGUUUAAGGGAAACUUGGGUCACAUCCAGAAGUAUGUAAAAAUAUUUAUUUUUUUAUGUUCUUUUUUUUUUUUUGCGUGGUAUCUUAUUUUAAUUGUUAAAGUCACAUGUUCCUAAUAAUAUAACUGAUAAAUAAACAUAAUUGCUUUUGUAUGUUCCAAGUCAAUGUUCCCCCUAAGCCAGAGAUAGGCAACCUCCAACAUUCCAGAUGCUGAGGACUAGACCUCCCUUGAUGCUUUGCAUUAUGGGAGAUGUAGUUCAAAAACAUCUGGAGUGCCGAAAAUUGUCUACCUCUGCCCUAAGCCAUUUUCGAGUGGUCCAGUACUAAAGCAUUAUGAAAAUAAAUCACUAAAACAACCACAAGUUUUAGUUAGCAUUUGAUACUUCCAGUUACUAUGCAAAUUGUGCAUUGUUAUAAAGAUGAUUCUUAUCUUUUUCCGUGCUGGGCCAAUCACAAGAAAAUUGCUUAAAGGGAAUAUUUCAGUACACGCCAUAUGUUUCCUGAUGUUUUGGAAACAACAAGAAUUUGCCUCUGAAACACAAACUGCAGUACAGAAGCAUUUGCAAACUAAGCCAAAUAUUUUUAUCAGAUUUUUUUUUUAUGUGUUAACUGUGAUAAUAGAUAUUUUCUGAAUUGAGUUUUCACUAAAAUCAUUUUGUAUUGACCAAUAAAAUAAUUUAAUAUCC